AUGCUUACCAACUACUUGUUACUUGCAUUGCUUUUAAAAGCAUCUAAUGCUAUCCCCUUACCGAAAGUUAUCACCAGAGUUCACACAGCUGAAGCUGUGACUGUCACAGAUACUUACACCACAGGUACGACUACUGUUCAAUUGCCUGCUGUUGAAGUGCUAGUUUCAAAUGGUGCUACUUAUACCUACACAUUGUCUGAUCAACUCGCCACUACUGCGUACACCUACACUACUACGUACAGCAACCCAGAGACCACAAACAAUGACGUUUUAACUUCAGUUCAAGUAGACGUAGUAACUGUCACCGCCGGAGGAGCAAAUACACAACAAACUACCACAACCUCCCCAACCACUACAUCCACCCCAACCACCACUUCUACCCCAGAAACCACUUCAAGUCCAGCCACCACUCCUCCCACCACCACCGCUUCCCCAUCCACUACAUCCAUUUCUUCCACAUCCACUCAAGCAACUACAUCUGCCACUUCUAGUUCCUCUGGUGCCAUUUCUGCUCCAGACGCAAUUGUGUACUCUCCAUACACCGAUAGUGGUGCAUGCAAAGAUUCAGGUACAAUCCAAUCAGAUUUGGAUUACAUUAAGGGCAAGGGUAUCAACAAAUUAAGAAUUUAUGGAUGUGAUUGUGGAAAUUGGGAUACCAUUUUACCUUACUGUGUUAAGAUUGGUCUUACUGUAAACCAAGGCUUUUGGAUUUCUUCCGCUGGUGUCGAUUCUAUCAAUGAUGAUAUCACUGAUUUUAUUUCAUACGGACAAGCAAGUGGCUGGGAUGUGUUUGAUGUUGUCACUGUUGGAAACGAAGCUGUAAGCGCUGGCUACGUCUCGGCUCUGCAAUUAUUAGCCAAAAUUAAAGCUGUCAAGACUCAGUUGAAUGAUGCUGGGUACUCAGGAGAUCUUACCACAUCAGAGCCACCAAAUUCAUUCAUCGACAAUCCUUCACUUUGUACUGAUUCUGGAAUUGCUUGGGUUGGUGUUAACUCACAUUCUUACUUUGAUUCAAGUGAGACGGCUGGAAAUUCUGGUCCUUUCAUUAUUGCUCAAAAGCAAUUAGUUAUUGAUGCUUGUAAUGGUAUGUCGGCUUAUAUCACUGAAACAGGUUAUCCAUCACAGGGUGAUGCCAAUGGGCUGCAAGUACCUUCAGCUGAAAAUCAAGAAGCUGCAAUCAAGUCCAUUAUUUCCUCCACUGGAGGUGACUGUACUAUUUUAACUACAUACAAUGAUUUCUGGAAAGACCCUGGUCCUUACGGAAUUGAACAAUACUUUGGAACUAUCACUCUCUUCGAAUAG